UGUAUAUGUUCAAAAAAAGGUGGUUUAUAGAUGAGUAAUUCACAAUAGAAUAGUAAUUUCCCGCCUCUACUGUGAAGGUGAAGGGUUCAUCAGUGUCCUAGUUUCUAUUGUUAGAACAAAUGUCUCCGCCCAGCAGAGCUCAACUACGUCCGCAGCAAGGAUUUAUUUACCCACGUUAACGGUCUCUUUUCCUCUAAAAGGAAAAAAAAAAAGAAAAAAAAAGAUGACAAUUAUUUUUAUAUUGCAUGGUGAGCAGAGUGAACAGAUUGUGAUGGUGUCAUGGUGAUUAAUUAACCCUUUACUCCCCCCCCCCACUCCCAUGGAGCAACCGGGACUGAAGAGGACGGCUGUCCUGAACGGUCCCUACAAGUGCCAAGAUCUUCUGUCUGUCUGUCUGUCUGUCUAACCUCCAGUUUUACAUCGGAAAAACCUAGACUCUGAAAAAAUGAGUGGUCGCGGCAAGGGAGGAAAAGGACUCGGUAAAGGAGGCGCUAAGCGUCACCGUAAAGUUCUCCGUGAUAACAUCCAGGGAAUCACCAAACCCGCAAUCCGCCGUCUGGCUCGCCGUGGUGGAGUGAAGCGUAUCUCCGGUCUGAUCUACGAGGAGACCCGCGGUGUGUUGAAGGUGUUCCUGGAGAAUGUGAUCCGUGAUGCCGUCACCUACACCAAGCACGCCAGUACAGAGUGCAGCCCUGCCUCUCCAGAGCAUAGACCACAUCCAAGGCGGUCACAGUCGUCCUCAUAUCCAACAACAGAAACUAGGACACCGAUGAACCCUUCACUUUCACAGUAG